CAACGCACCAAGCCACCGGAAGUAGGAAGUUCUUAACGUUCAUGGUUCAUGUGGGUUCGGGUUUAUGUUGACAACAAAAAGUCUCUCUGAACAUUUUUUUUUUAUAAGAAAGUAUUCACAUUCUAUACGAGCUUCAAAAUAAAACAUGUCUGACAACGAAGAUAACUUCGACGACGGAGACUUCGAUGAUGCCGAGGAGGAUGAGGGAUUAGAUGACCUGGAAAACGCGGAAGAUGAGGACCAGGAGAACGUGCAGAUCCUGCCUGCAGGAGAGGGACAGCAGGCCAACCAAAAGAGGAUCACAACACCGUAUAUGACUAAAUAUGAGAGAGCCAGAGUGCUGGGCACACGAGCUCUCCAGAUAGCGAUGUGCGCUCCAGUCAUGGUGGAGCUGGAGGGAGAAACGGACCCCUUGCAAAUAGCCAUGAAAGAGCUUAAGAGCAGAAAGAUCCCCAUCAUCAUCCGCAGGUACCUUCCUGAUGGGAGUUAUGAGGACUGGGGCUGUGACGAGCUCAUCAUAACUGAUUAAACGUGUAUCCAGUCUGCACUGACAAAACAAUAUAUGCUGGUUCACACCCGCCAUUGUAUCAGGUCAGUCAGCUACACAAACCCAGAAUUCCUAAGACGGACGCAAUUAUCACCCACCAGUUCAUUGAUCCACAGGUGACUCUGUAAAUCGGUGAAAUCAGAAUACUUGAAACGUACUGAACAGACAUUAGACUCAUUCAAAUCAAGCCAGUGUGUUGCUAUAAUCCUGUGAUCUGACUUGUUACAUUCUCAGUCUCAUUGUGUGGUUGCAUGUUACGCAACUCAAGUUAAAAUCGAAGUUAGAAUCUACAGUACUUUUUGUUUUAACAGCUGCAUUAUAACUUUGAGCCACAAGGGGGAAAUGUAACUUAAGUCAAACAUUUACUUUGUUUUACAAAAUAAUCCUGUGUUGUUAUUGUUAUUAUUCCAUUUGUUGUUUUGAUGGAGAGAGGUGAUUAGUGUAAAAUAACUGUUUUAUUGUUAUUAAUAAACUCUUUUGUAGAAAGGA